AAAUGACAUAGGGAAGUGAAACUUAGUCUAGCGCUGAUUACAAUUCAGCUUUCUGAAUAUAUUCUGUAAAGAGAGCAACUCCUCUCCAGAACAAAACAAUCCAAUUUGUUACAGAGCCAAGGAAAUUUGCUUACAGAUUUAAUUGUUUCAUUGUGUUGGAAGAAUCGGCAAAGUGAAAGGUCUUUACAUAUUUCAAGACAGUACACAAUGGCAGAAGUUCCUGGAACAAACCAUUGGUUCACUCACUUCACCAGCCGUAUAGAAGAAGCGGAACUUGAAGAAUGGUGGGCACUGAAUUUCAAUUACAACCUCCGAAAUGAACUGGAUGCUCAGAGAAGAGCAAAAGGUUGGAAGAUUUAUGUAACAUCAACAUUUGCCAAAUUUAUCUGUCGUCGCUGUUCAAAUUCGUGGUCUUCAUAUCGGGCCUCUAUGGUGUUUCAUUACCGCCUGAGAAGGAAGAGUGGAAUAGUUUUGCUUCGCCUCUUCCAGCAGCAAUGCAGAGAAUGCAAAAACCCCAUUAUGCACAAACCACAGGUUAAUUCCGACCAAAUGUACGAAGUGCUUGACAGGCUUAUUUUAAAAAUCCUCAAAAACUGCUACCGUGUUCCCAAUCUGGUAGAAGAAGGAAGAGCUGUGAACCAUCGGAAGACUAAACCUCAUGAAAGUAACCUCUGUGAAGCCUGUGGCUUGGGCAUGUGCAAUCAAAGUUGAUAAGGAUAAUAGGUAUGUUUGAGGUUGAAAUUUUGCUUUGGUCCAAUUGGUAACUGGCAAAAAUAUAAUCAAAAUUACACUGAUAUGUUAUGGUUCAAAUAGUUAGCGGUAGAAAUAUUUGCCCAAUUAUCUAGCUGAUACAUUCCAAAACUGCUGGAAUCCAUCAGCACGAUGGAAUAUAACCGUAUGUUCUUUCUUUCUGCAUUCUUUGUUGCAUUUAGUUUAGUAACAUUAAGCAAUCCAUAAAGAUUUCAGUAAAAAUACUUUUUGUAAGAC